AUGAGUGAAUUUCAAGUCAUCAUAAUAGCUACCAUAUCUUGCUUUCGAAACUAUACCUUCGCUGUCCAUGGUGAACAAGUGACACUCAAUUCAGCCAAUGGUUUCCAAGUCAAAAAGAUAGUCCCUAGUGGUUUUGAAUUGCAAAAUCACAUCACCAUCUCUAAAUACCGCUUAAGCAAGUACAGAAGAAAAAGAGACAAUUUGAAUGCUGCUGAUGUUAAAGCCAAAUGGGCCAAGCGUGUGAAUAAUAGUGAACGUCCUAUCCAAACAUAUGAAAAUGUUAUUAUUAAAAAGAAGGGCGAAACUGUUGCAAAGAAAAGAAAGCAAAGUGUAGAAGCUCAAAUGCUCGAAGGUUUUAAGCGUCCUUGUACAAAUGUUCCCUAUGAAGCUGAACCUACCAUGUCAUCUGAAGCUGGACCAAGUAGGCAGCAAAUCACAAUGAUGGAAGUCGAAGAAGAAGGCAAAGGCAAAGCACCUAUGCGAACUCAAACUAUUCCUAAGCCUGUUGUUUUCCGCACGCCAGCAACUGAAGCUGAAAUGUUAUUCCUCCGGCUGGGCGCGACGCACCUUUAG